UGAUCAUUGGAAUGGCAGCUCUGAGUCCCAACUGUGCCGUCUGCGAUGUGGCCGCUUCGCUCACCUGCACCCGCUGCAAGAUGGUGCGCUACUGCAACGGGGAGCACCAGAAGCAGCAUUGGCCACAGCACAAGAGCUGCUGCCGGCCCUUUCGGGUGCAGCAGGACGAGCAGCUGGGACGCUACUUGGUGGCCACUCAGGACAUAAAGGCCAAGCAGAUUAUAUUUGUGGAGGAGCCCCUUGUCGUGGGUCCCAAGUGGUUUCUCACCGAACACGAGAAAUCGGCCAGCAUUGUGCCCUGUGUGGGCUGCUAUACGCCCUGUCGCCUGGGCAAGCAUCAGUGCCGCAACUGUCGCUGGCCCGUCUGCAGUGCCAGCUGCGUGCACGAGAAAUUAGAGUGCAGUGUGCUCAGCCUAGGCACUGCGCCCACAGCCAAGUCGGACGCACGUGCUCUGCAUGACUAUUACCGUCAUGAUGCGCUGCUGGUGCUGAAGUGCCUGCUACUGCAGCGGCAACAGCCGGAGCGCUGGCAGGCCCUGCUGGAGAUGCAGUCACAUGCAGAGGAACGCUUGGGCACAGAGCUGCAGCAGGAGGCGGAACAGCGCAUUGUUAGCUAUCUGGAGCAGCGCUUUCUGCAGCGCCUCAAGCAGAGCAAAAACCGUGAGUGCUGCCAGCUCAGCGACUAUGAGCCGGAGUUGCUGCAUCGCCUGUGCGGCAUAAUAGAGACCAACUACAUGGUCAUCGAGCUGGCGACGGGUGUGGAACUGAGCGGACUCUUUCGGCAGGCCUGCAUGAUGGAGCACGCCUGCCAGCCCAAUUGCUACUUUCAGUUCGAUUCUGUCACGCAGCGCAUUGCGGUGCGCGCCGGCUGCGAUAUGAAGACGGGCGACCACCUGAAGAUCACCUACACGAACAUAUUGUGGGGCACGCAAAUGCGGCAACACCAUCUGCGCAUGACCAAGCACUUCAGCUGCCGCUGCGCGCGCUGCGAGGAUCCCACCGAGUACGGCAGCUAUGUGAGCGCCAUGCGCUGCCUGGGCGAUGUGUCCAAGUCGUGCGUGGGCGUGCAGCUGCCGCUGGACCCACUCAACGAGCAGACCCAAUGGAAGUGCGACACUUGCCCCGUCCUGCUGGAUGCUGCUUAUGUGACCGAAGUGCAAACCCACAUGACCGAAGAGGUGGACCAGCUAUUGGCCGGCCGACCCACGGCCAGUCAAGUGGAAUUGCUGUUGGCACGGCUGUCCCAGUUGCUGCAUCCCAAUCACUUUCACAUGUUCAAUUUGAAGCAUACACUUAUUCAGCUUUACGGCCAUGAGCCGGGCCUGGAGCUGACCGAGCUAAGCGAUCUUCAGCUGGGUCGCAAGCAGCGACUAUGUGAGGAGCUGUACAAUGUUUGCCAAUGCCUUGAUCCGCACAGCAUCAAGCUGGCCAUCUAUGUGAGUGUCAUUCUGAUUGAGAUGGCACAUACGCUGGAGGAGCAGGCGCGUAGACAACCUGCACAGGCAAAAUUGCAACUGGAGCUGGCUCGAUCCCAUGUACUGGAGGCGGUGGAUGUGCUAGAAAAGGUACAGGACUCUGUAGCUGGCAAGAAGCUGCACGAUAAGCUGCAGCGUGAUCUAUUCGAGCAUGACAAAUUGACGCUGGCCCACUGCCAUAGCCAGACUGCAGUUUAAACUUAUGAAUAUAAUUUAUAACUUGUUAAACUAUAAA